AUGGUACCAGGUAUACACACAUUAAAAUGGAGCGUUAAUAGUCAAGAUCCUUUUGAAUCAACCAACAAAUUACGAUCCUCGCCAUUUAUUCCAGAAAAAAGUCAUAAUAUCUUACCCUCGAUUGAAACCACGUUGAAAACUAUUCAUCAGAAUCAAAAUUUCGAAACAGCAUCUACUCAAUUACCUUCAAUAGAAUAUUUAACUAAGACAAGUUUAAAUAAUAGUCCACACUUUCAAACACAAUUUGAUUCUAAUCCAAGUUCAUUUCCACCAACGUUGGCAUCUCCAUUAUACUACAAAUUCAAUAAUACUGAGCCUCAGCAAUUACCAAGCAUAAAUCAAUUCAACAACUAUCUUUCAAAUUCACCAAUAUCGCCUGUUUUAUCCCCUUAUUCAAAUCAUCAACAUAGUAUUUCAUCAUCAUCUUCCUCUUCCAUUCCAUCACCACACCAGCAAAUACUUCCAGCCUUUUCUCGAUCUAACUAUGUCACUUUUCCAUUUUCAGCUUCAAAUUCACCAAUCUCACACCAUCGAACAAAUAAUCAAUCAUUUUUACCAACUGAGUUCGAACCAAAACAAAAGAAAAGAAGAAAGAAUCCGACAUAUUCAAAAGUUGAACCUGAUAGUCAUUCAAAAACUCAAUCUAAAACUAAAGCGUCCACUAAAGGUAAAAAAAAAUCUAAGCAAAAUCUUUUGGUCGACAUCAGUAAUAUACAUUACCCAGUUCAUCAUUUAACUUCAGAAACUAUGAAACUUAUUCCAGAACCAAUUCUUAAAUAUUUAAAUUCAACUAUCUAUCCAAAAAUUGAAACAAAAAAGUACUCAACUUCAGCAAUUGAUUCGAACAGAAAUUAUUUAACCGUGUAUGAGUAUACUGUUAAUGAUCAUUGGAUUAUUUGGGAUUAUGAAACUGGAUUUGUUCAUUUAACUGGCAUUUGGAAAGCUUCAUUGAAUGCAAGAGAUAACAUUAGUACCAAAUCCAACGACAGGGAUUAUACAACCACUUCAUCUUCUCCAUCAUCAUCUGCAGUAACUCCAAAUCAUUUGAAAGCUGAUAUUGUGAAAUUAUUAGAAUCAACACCAAAAGAUUAUCAGUCAUAUAUAAAACGCAUAAGAGGAGGUUUUUUAAAAAUUCAAGGAACCUGGUUGCCAAUCAAAUUAUGCAAAAUAUUAGCAAGAAGAUUUUGUUAUCAUAUUAGAUUUGAGUUGGUUCCCAUUUUUGGUGAAGAUUUUCCUCAAAGUUGUUUAAAACCAAAUGAAAAGGGAUUUGGGGAGUUAAAAUUAAAUGAUUUGGAAAAUUUCAAACAAGAAGAAUUACCAGAACCAGUUCCUCUUCAAGAAGAUUUAAUGCAAGAGUCUCCAUUGAAAUCAAAUGUAGAACCAGCUUCAAAGAACAUCAAAAUCGAAAAAUCAAAAGUAAACUUUCAAAGUCAACAACAGCAACAAGAACUCAAAUCUUUAGGCAUUCCAGCUCAAGCAAAUAAAAACAAUAAGUCGAUUCCGUUACAGGAAACUUUCACUCCAUCACCUCAAAAGAAAAUAAUUCAGGGCGAAAAACCAAUCAGUAACUGUCAAUUAGUGUCACCAUUAUUAAAUGACGGAGAAUCUAGUUUGAAAAACAGUGAAUUAGAAUCGAACUUAUUGACAAACCAACAACACAACAAGGAUAAACAUGGGGCACCACAUAAAGAUCAAGUCCCAGAGACUCCAACACUGACGUAUCAAAGCUUUGAUAAAGCUACAAAUUUUGCCAAUGGAUCUUCUUCAUCCUCCUACAUGGAUUUUAUUGAUAUUGUCAAUGCAUCGAAAUGUCUCCAAUCAUUGAGUAAUAGUUUAAGAUUUUCAAAAGAAGCAACACUCGCAAGUAUUGAAAAUGUACCAGAUUUAAAGCAGCUUCAACAAUCAAACGACGAGGAUCAAACAGAUUUAGAAGAUGAUGGUAAAACCAAUUAUGAGAAUACCUCGCAAUCUAUUAAGAACUACGCUAUUGAUGAUACUGGAAUAACUUCCAUCCUUAAAGCUGCUGAAUUGAAUAGUCAAUUGCAAAAUGAGCUCAAUCCAGAUUACCAAAAACAUAUAAAUCAAGCUCAAAAACUUUCAUCAAUUAGGGAAAGCAGGAGAUUGAAGAUUACUUGA